AUGCCAGGGAAAGGGAAGCGAGGAAAAGGCCGGGGCAAGUCCCGCGGGAAGAAGCAGAAGAAGCAGGAGGUGGACAUCCUCAACCCCGCGGCGAUGCUGAACCUCUACUACAUCGCGCACCACGCGGCCGACUGCCUGCACAUGCGGGGCUUCCGCUGGCCGGGCGACCCCAAGGCGAAGAAAGGGAAAAGCAAGACGUAG